AUGAAGAUGUGGAUACUUUUCCUGUGCCUGAGCAAUGGAUGGAUGAAAACAGCUUCCUCUGCUGAAACAACCUCCACACCCGCCCUUUCACCAGUGACACCCACUGAAGAUGAGGGCACCCAACUUCUGGAUUGGUUGAUGAAGUAUGGCUACCUCCCACCAUCAGACCCCUCCACUGGCCAGCUGCAGGCCUGGACAGCUGUCACUAACGCCGUCAGGGCCAUGCAGAAGUUUGCAGGCCUCAAAGACACUGGGGUUGUAGACGAGGAGACAAUGGCUUUGAUGAAGAGUCCACGCUGCUCACUACCUGACCAGGACAACCCAUCCAAAUCACCGGCCAAACAAGAAGGGAGCAACAUGAGAAGAAGAAGAAGAAGAAGAGCCAUCUCCAUGUGGAAACGCAAGAAUAACUGGAGGUUGCGUUCAUACCCCUCCUCUUCCCAUCUAUCCCGGGAAACAAUCCGCUCAUUGGUCUUUUAUGCUUUAAGAGUGUGGGCGGAGCCAACCCCCUUGGAGUUCCACGAGGUGGGAAGCCCAGAGGCAGCUGACCUACAGGUAGACUUCCUACAUGGUUACCACGGUGAUGGCUAUCCCUUUGAUGGGGCAGGCGGAGCAAUUGGCCAUGCUUUCUUCCCAUCAGACACUGCCCGGGCAGGAGGAGUUCAUCUGGAUGCAGAGGAGGAGUGGACCUUCAGACAGCCAGCAUCUGAGGGCACUGACCUAUUCACAGUGCUGGUCCAUGAGUUUGGCCAUACAAUGGGCCUUGCCCACUCCUCAUCUCGCCACUCAGUGAUGAGGCCGUACUAUCAGGGUCCUGCAGGAGACCCUCUCCACUACCACCUGGGACCUCAUGAUCUGGAACACAUCACCCAGCUCUACGGUCAAAGGAACCAGCUGCUGGCCACUGAUGCUCCUCGCCUUGCCCUAGAGCCCCAGCUGCACCAUCAUCAUAGAUAUGGCCCCUUCAUUGAUCGCUGUAACACCAGUUUUGACGCCGUGGCUAGGAUCCGAGGAGAGACUUUCUUCUUCAAAGGUCUGACGAUGUGGCGAGUCAAUGGAGGGGGCUUGGUAUCGGGUCACGGGGCUUCAGUCAGAGGGCUGUGGAGGGGUCUACCUUCUGACCUGCCUCGGCUUCACGCUGUGCUGGAGAGACAGUCAGAUCAUGCCAUCAUCUUUAUCAGUGGUUCCCAGUUCUGGCUGUUCAGGGAUCUGUCCCUGCAGGAAGGUUACCCUCAGCCCCUGUCUUCCCUCAGGAUGGCGUUGAGUUCAGCUGCAGCAGAUGAGAAUGAGGAUACAACAGCAGGGAGGUGGGGUCUGAUCUGGGACCCAGAGCAGGGACCUCUGUGGGGGGACAUGGGAGACGCAAAGGAAGAGAAGCAAGAAGACAGUUGGACUCAGCUGCUCAGAGAGGGUGUCAGUGGCAUAACCACAGACAACAAUGGCUCAGUCUAUCUCUUCAAAGGAGGCUCUUACUGGAAGUUUGCGUUUCCGGGCUCCUCACUGCAAGACGGAUACCCACGAUCCUCUACUGCAGACUGGCUGGACUGCCCUGACCCCUCCUCUUCCACACCAGUGGUGGAGGACCUCUCCUUGUCUCUGUAUCUGCCUGCAGGAAGACAGGAGCUCAGGGAGAGAUGGAGGGAGGAGAGAGAGAAGGAGGAAGAAGGAGGAAGGAGCGGGGAGCAUGGAAAGGACAGACAUGGAUAUGAACAUAAAAACAUAGGGGACAGAGGUACACACAUCUGGACAAAAUGCACUUGCCAAAAUGGAGCUCUCACUGGCAGGACAACAUCUGUUAUUGCUGCCUUGCUGCUGAGUACAUGGACACUGUUGGCAAUUUAA